UAAGUUGUUUGUAUAAAUAAAAUCUUUUUUUCAACAGAUAUUACCUGGAUAAGAUGUAGAUAUAAUUACAUGAUUACGGACUUAUAAUAAAUAGUAAUAGUAAAUAGAUUAAUAUAUAAUGAUGAGCAGCUUGACUAUUAUAGCAGGUCAGUCUUACCUAUCUUCCUUCUUCAGUGUCUCAGUUGGCAUAUACAACAAACGCAAAAAACUUUUAUGUAAUGAAGUAAAUGCUACUAGACUAUUUACUAAUAGAAUAGACUAAGACGCAUAUACACUUAAACCGUAAAUUAAUCUGGCAUGACUUAUAUCUGUUUACUGAUCAGGACAGAAAUUUUCUCUACAAACUAUUAAAUUACAAUCUAAGUUUUAUGAACAUUUAUUUUUAUGAGACCAUUCACCAAUUAUAUCAUGAAUUAUUGAUUUAUAUCAGUUGCGCAUGAAAGAAACAUGGAAAACUAGAUGUAAGAGCAACGUGCUAUUUGUUAAGGAUUUAUGUAACUUCAGCGAUAUUAAACUACUUUGUAAGAUCAGCUAAAUACAAUCUAUUAAAACAUGAUAAACACUAAGAUAUAAAUAUAAAAAACGCGUACAGUAAAAAUUGUUAUAUAAGUUGUUAAGGCAUGUCUUUGCGUGUCAGUAAUGAGAUAGCAGUUUCUCAGCGGCUAUUAGCGCAACAUCGUACCAACACCAAUAACAGUAAUAUCUGAUUGAACGUCGAACUCGCAAGUAUCAAGUGCAGUUCCACAAAGUAAUAUGUUAUUAGUGUGCAAGAACUGUUAUAGUUUUUGAAAGGAAGAAGAUAUUUAAGCAGGAGUUUCACGAAUUAUUUUUUAUACUUCUUAAGAAAACAAGUUGGGAUAUUUAAAAUCUAUCAUAUUAUAGAUAUUACAUAAUUAAUAUCUCAAAAAAUCAAGAGUGACGACAGAAACGAAGGAAAGACGGACUGCAUUUUACAUUAUGCAAUAAACGAUGAUUGUCGGCGUAUUACUGUCAUGUGCUAUAUUCGCAUUUUUCUAUUAUUAUGUUAUCCAUCUUGCACGGUUUAGGCGACUUAUCAAUCUCAUUCCGGGACCACGAAUGGUUCCAAUUUUCGGGGAUAUUUUCACUUUAUUAUCUCAUGGAACACCAGAACGUCUUUGGGAUCUUAUAAAAUUCCGAUUUGAAAGGUAUAGCCCAAUUUAUAAAACUUGGUACUUUACGAUCGCUUAUGUCGCAAUUACAUAUCCGGAUGAAAUGCAGACGAUACUGAACAACUCGAAAUCUAGUACGAAAGGCAUGGCAUACAAACUUCUUCGUCCAUGGAUGGGAGAUGGUCUCCUCCUUAGUAAAGGAACAAAAUGGCAAGAAAGGCGAAAGAUUCUAACACCUGCAUUUCACUUCCAUAUUUUAAAAAAUUUUUUUAGUAUUUUGGUUGAGGAAAGCAAUCGUAUGACAAUAUCGUUGAAACACAUGAAAGACUCGACCGUCGAGGAUUUAACGUCUUUUACUAGUCACCAUACCUUGAAUAUAAUAUGCGAAACAUCCAUGGGCAUUUCCUUGCGAAACAUAGAAACGAGUGAACAACAGCAGUACCGUAAGGCAAUCCACGACAUAAGUGAAAUAAUAAUUUACAGAUUUUUACGUCCAUGGUAUCAAUAUGAUACAAUAUUCUGGUUCACACCGAAAUAUAAACAGCAAGUUAAAUGUUUGAAAAUACUACACGGUUUCACAGAAAAAAUUAUUACGGAAAGAAAACGAUAUCACGAAACCACUGGUGGACGAUAUCUCAAUUUUGAAAAUACGGCAGAAUUUGAUGACAUGACAGGAAGCCGAAAGAAGCGCCUUGCCAUGUUGGAUCUCAUGAUAGCAGCGUCCAAUAAUAACCAAAUGAGUGAUUCGGAUAUCAGAGAAGAAGUAGAUACCUUCAUGUUUGAAGGUCAUGAUACCGUAUCAAUGGCUAUGACGUUUGCUAUACUACUGUUAGCCGAACACAAGGAUGUGCAGGAUCGUGUCAGAACUGAAGUCAAUGCUGUAAUGGAAAAAAACGGAGGAAAACUUACCAUGACAGCGUUACAGAAUCUGUCAUAUCUCGAGAGAUGUUUAAAAGAAACGAUGAGAUUGUAUCCCAGUGUGUUGCUAAUAACACGAACAUUAGUAGAAGACGUAAUGUUAAAAUCUUACUUGGUGCCUGCUGGAGUGGAGUUGUAUAUUGAUAUUUUAUCUCUUCACAAAAAUCCUGAAUUCUGGCCAAAUCCAGAAGUGUUUGAUCCAGAUAGAUUUUUGCCAGAGCUGGUGCAAAAUCGUCAUCCUUUCGCUUAUAUACCAUUUAGCGCUGGUUCGCGGAAUUGCAUAGGUCAACGAUUCGCUAUGAUGGAGCUGAAAACUGUAAUUGGUACUCUAGUGCACAACUUUUGUUUAGAACCUAUCGAUUACUUGAAAGACUGCCGAUGUGUAGUCGAUUUGAUUAUUCGCAUUGGGCAACCAAUGCAACGUCUUUGGGAUCUUAUAAAAUUCCGAUUUGAAAGGUAUAGCCCAAUUUAUAAAACUUGGUACUUUACGAUCGCUUAUGUCGCAAUUACAUAUCCGGAUGAAAUGCAGACGAUACUGAACAACUCGAAAUCUAGUACGAAAGGCAUGGCAUACAAACUUCUUCGUCCAUGGAUGGGAGAUGGUCUCCUCCUUAGUAAAGGCCGAAAGAAGCGCCUUGCCAUGUUGGAUCUCAUGAUAGCAGCGUCCAAUAAUAACCAAAUGAGUGAUUCGGAUAUCAGAGAAGAAGUAGAUACCUUCAUGUUUGAAGGUCAUGAUACCGUAUCAAUGGCUAUGACUUUUGCUAUACUACUAUUAGCCGAAUACAAGGAUGUGCAGGAUCGCGUGAGAAAUGAAGUUAAUGCGGUGAUGAAAGAGAACGGAGGAAAACUAACUAUGACAGCGUUACAGAACCUGUCGUAUCUCGAGAGAUGUUUGAAAGAAACGAUGAGAUUGUAUCCCAGUGUGUUUUUCAUAACACGAACAUUAGUAGAAGACGUAAUGUUACAAUCUUACUUGGUGCCUGCUGGAGUGGAGUUGUAUAUUGAUAUUUUAUCUCUUCACAAAAAUCCUGAAUUCUGGCCAAAUCCAGAAGUGUUUGAUCCAGAUAGAUUUUUGCCAGAGCUGGUGCAAAAUCGUCAUCCUUUCGCUUAUAUACCAUUUAGCGCUGGUUCGCGGAAUUGCAUAGGUCAACGAUUCGCUAUGAUGGAGCUGAAAACUGUAAUUGGUACUCUAGUGCACAACUUUUGUUUAGAACCUAUCGAUUACUUGAAAGACUGCCGAUGUGUAGUCGAUUUGAUUAUUCGCAUUGGGCAACCAAUGCGCGUGAAAUUCGUCCCCGUCUAGGAUGCUCAAUUGUUAUAACGGAAUGCGAAUUAUGUCGUUGUAAAAACCUAAUGUAAGAACAGAAAUGACGAAGUGAUUAUAUAUAAGUGUUAUUACAUUCCGCAAGUAAUAUCACGCAUGAAAUAUAUAUUGCGUACCUAGAUAUUUAUUUAAGAAUGUAUAGCAUCUUAUUAUUUUAGAAAAAUCAUUUUGGUUGUUUUAAGUUUAAGUCAUUUGAGAAUCUCAUUUAGGUAAUGCAUAAUUUACCUUGAUUAAAUCCUUCAACCGUUUUUUAAACACAUAAAUUCCUCUUAAAAAUUGAUUGUCGUAUAGAAUACGUUUCGAAAAAAAGACAAAAGUAUCAAUAAAUAUUCCUUCAAACGAAUAAAACAUCUCUUGAAGCACAUCUAAUCCAUUGCAUGCAGUUAUAUAUAAAAUUAUGUAUCUACCUUAUAUUAUUAUAUGGAUACAUAAUUAAAAGAAACACAUAGGAAUCAUUAGGUCUUAGUAGGUGCUCUCCUUUCUUUAUUAUUAGCUUGCAGUGAUUACAAACUUUAAUUAUUACUUAGUACUAGGAUUAUAAUAUAUCGAAAAAAAUGUAAUCUGUUUACUGAUCAUGACAGAAAUUUUCUCUACAAACUAUUAAAUUACAACCUAAGUUUUAUGAA